AUGGCAACACGGAGAAAUAUCCAUUCGUCAAAGAAGAGGUCCUCUUUGACGAAUGAGCAGGUCAUGGUAGAAGGCGCUACGCCAACUACACUUGAACGCCCGACACCAACAUCACCAUCAACUUCAUCAUCAUCAUCAUUAUCAACACCACCGCCAACACCUCUCGCAGUCUUGCCAUUGCAUAUGAUAAUCCGCUCUCUGCUAACCACCACCGUCUCAUCGUCGCCUGUUUUGCUCCCGCCCUCGUUAUGGAUCAUGUCGAUCCUCGCUCACACGACGAAUCCAAUUCUCAACCCCGAUAGAAACCCGAUAUUGCGGUUCUUUUUGAAACACACGUUUUACGCCCAGUUUUGCGCGGGAGAGAACCAGCUAGAGGUCCGAAAGACCAUUUCCACUCUCAAGGACAUCGGGUUCACAGGUGUCAUUCUGGGCUACGCGAAGGAGGUCGUCCUCGAUGAUGAACAGACCAGAGACCUGGCAUCAUGUGGCGAGGGCAAGGAAGCGGAAGAGUGCAUCCGUAACGAAAUCAUCCCUUGGGCGGAGGGGACGAUGGAGACGGUUAAAUUGGCGCAGCCGGGUGACUUUGUCGCUCUCAAAUUCACAGGCGCAGGCCGCCAGGCGCUCUACUCCCUCUCGGAGCGCCUCCCUCCCUCGGCAGCACUGGCCGAGGCUAUUGACUCCAUCUGCUCCCUUGCCGCCGAGCGCGGCGUCCGUCUGCUCUUCGACGCUGAACAGGCCGCCCUUCAGCCCGGCAUCGAUGACUGGACUGUCGACUACAUGCGCUCGUACAACACUAGUCCCGACAACGCUGUCAUCUACGGCACAUACCAGGCAUACCUCAAAUCCACCCCGCAGACCCUGCAGCGUCAUCUCAACAUUGCUAGAACCGAGGGUUUUACCCUAGGCGUGAAGCUAGUGCGUGGUGCGUACAUUGGGUCUGACCCCAGGCACUUAAUCCACGACACCAAGACCGACACCGACACCGCUUAUGACGGCAUUGCAGAGAGCCUGCUGAGACGACGGUGGGGCGAUGUGUUGAAAGGCGACUCGCAGAUGCCGCCCGUCAGCAUGGUUUUGGCAUCGCACAACGCCGAGUCCGUCAGGAAGGCGCGUGCACUUUGCGAGACUGGCGAGGCAAAGAUUCAGGUCGCAUUUGCACAGCUCCAGGGCAUGGCGGACGAGGUAAGCUGCGAAUUGGUGGCGUUCAAGAAGACAGAAGACGAAGACAGGAAGACGAGGUCGGUGAGCGCGUAUAAAUAUCUCGUCUGGGGGUCGACGGGUGAAUGUAUGAAGUAUCUCUUGAGGAGGGCGCACGAAAACCGGGAUGCCGUGCAAAGAACGCGAAGUGGGCGGGAUGCGAUGUGGAGCGAGCUUGUAAGGAGGGCCAAAGGCUUUAUCGGGGUGUCUGCUUGA